AUGCCUGCCGUCGCCGCCGCCUCCCGACGCCAGCUGACGCAUCCCAUGGCCUCCCUGCAUCGCCUGAACCCUCCUGCCGCCGGCGCUCCUGCCGUCCGGCCGCCGCCAGGCAGCUCUAGCUCUCCCCUGGCUGUGUGCGCUGUUUCGUUGAACUUCGUGUUGCUCGUGCGCGUCCCACAGUGGCCGAAAUUGCUCCGAAAGGAUCACCUAUGCUCGACCGCCGUGCCUCCCUCCGGUCUCUGGCGUCCCCCGGCGUGCUUCCCUGCCGUCCCCGCGCGCCGCGGGCCGCCGCUCGGGCACCCUGCAGCCGCCGAGACCCGGAUCGGGCCAAGUCUGGGCGCACGCGGCCUCCGCGCGCCGCCGCUGCUCUCCGUUGCUGACCGGCGCAAGCACCUCCUCCCCAGGGCCGGCCGCACUCGUCCACCACCGACGCUCCUGUCGCCGAAGCCCUCCAUCGGCCGGACUGGGCCCAUACUCUCCACGGGUUGGGAGGCUAGGGCAUCAUUGCCUGCCGCCUCCGCCUCCUCCCGUUGCCGGCCGAUGCGUGCCCCGGAUCUCCUCCACCGCCAGCACCCUCCUCUGGCCGGCCCGCCCGCCGUCCGGCCGCCGCCGGCCACCCCCUACUCCAUUUAG